UUUUUUUUUUCUUGGUUGGUCCCUUUGUUCGCCUUGUAAUAUGAGCCGAAAAAACACAGCUGAAGACGCCUUUCCCGACGACGAUGCUGCCAACACCGAAGUAUUGGAAGGCGGCAACCGUAGCAUCAUUAUGGGCAUUAUAAGUCAGAUGCGGAAAGACAUGGAUCUGUCGCGUGUCACUUUACCGACCUUUGUGUUGGAACCUCGUAGUAUGCUCGAGAAAAUCACCGACUUUAUGAGCCACCCCGACUUAUGUAUACAAGCAAGUCGAAUGACCGAUCCUGUCGAACGUUUUGUGGCCGUGACCAAAUAUUUCCUUUCAGGCUGGCAUGUAAAAGCAAAGGGUGUAAAAAAACCAUACAAUCCAGUUUUGGGCGAGUUUUUCCGCUGCCAAUGGCGGUUUGAUGACGGCACCGAAGCUUCUUACGUCGCCGAGCAAGUAUCGCAUCACCCUCCCAUUUCCGCAUAUCACUAUGAGAAUCCCAAGCACGGUAUUUAUAUCCAAGGAGAAGCACAUCCGAAAGCCAAGUUUCUCGGAAACAGUGCGGCGACGAUCAUGAAAGGUUACUCCCGAAUCACAUUUGCCCAUCUUCACAAUGAGACUUACGAUAUCACGAAUCCUAAUGUUUAUGCAAGAGGCAUCUUAUUCGGUAAGAUGAUCAUGGAACUCGGAGAUCAGUGCAUGGUUCGAUGCGUGACCAGUGACCUGGUUUGCGAACUGGAUUUCAAAACAAAGGGAUUCUUUUCCGGUCAUUAUCACGGUGUGAUUGGCAAAAUCAAAAAGGAAUCAACAGGUGAAGUCUUGUACGAGAUUUCGGGCACUUGGGCCAACGAGCUUUUCAUCAAAUCCACAAAAAGUUCCGCCAAAGAAUCAUUUUUCAAUGUGAAAACAGCUUCGAUUCAUGCAAAACUGGUUCAGGAUGAAAAAGAUCAAGAACCACUGGAAUCCAGACGUCUGUGGUCAAAGGUCACAGCCGCCAUCAAGUGCAACGAUAUGGAUACUGCGACCGAGGAAAAAACGCUCAUUGAAAAUCGCCAACGAGAGGAAGCUGCGGCUCGACAGAAAGAAGGUGUUCAAUGGAAUCCGCGAUUCUUCCGACUAAAUAAGAAUGAAGAAUACGAAUUCAAGGAACAGACUCCGUGAGAAAACGGGACUCUCACCCGUCAUACCAGAACAUCUAUACAAUAAACUCUCAUCCGGUAUACCCAACUAAUUUCUGUGUAUCUUUUGCGUCAGUGUUGUUGUUGUUGCCAGGACAAUAAUUGAAAUAAUAAUAAAUUAUCCUGGUUCAACAUAACGAUAUCGCUUCAAAAAUUUACAACAAAAAACAACAAGAUGAACAAGUUGUGUUUUUUUGAUGCAUG